AUGGAUUCGCAAAAUUCUGUGGAAACUUUGACUAUUGCUUUGAUCGAUACACUCUCCGAUAAAAAUGAUAAAGUACGCGAUAGUGUGGCUCAAUCGAUAGUUGAUACGGGAAAGAAACUACCUCAGCUAACUGUAACACUUUGUACGAAUUAUUUGAAUAAACAUCAAAAACUUCCUGAAACACAUCGAGCUGCGAUUCUACGUGUAAUCGAACGCAUCCUCAAUUAUCAACAGCAACAAGGACAAACAAAUGAAGAGAUACCAUUUGACAACGAGACAUUCCAAUUGUUAACUCGUGUAGCAGCGAAUGAGUUGACAAUGCCAAAAGAAAUCGUUCCUGUCUGGCAACAAGCCGCUUCUGAUGUUCUUGUAGAAAUUGGCAAAUAUGAGCCUGACCUCGUCUGUACUGCUAUCUCGCCACAUAUGCCAGCUGGUCAAUUGCCACAAUUUUUCGUUCUACAAACUGUUGGCAGUUUAGCAGAAGCAAAUCCACGUGGAAUGGUGCAUCAACUUCGACCGAUGUUCAGUCGUAUAUUACCGAUGAUGGGUAUGGUGAAACAAGAAAACUAUCGUUGGGUUUACACGGCUGUGCUCUUUAAAUUCUGUCUGGCUCUGAUUGAUUUUCAAGCAAAUGGUGAUGAAACAGCACGAACGACAUUCGCACCACAACAAUUUGAGAAUGAUGCUUUCGCGGCAUACGAAGUAUUUCUAACAUCUGCUUGGAUUGGUUCGAAAGAACUGAAGGUUCGAAAUAUUUGUGUUCAAGCUGUCGGUCGUCUAGUCCAUUUAUUUUCGCCAUCAAAAUUUACUGAACAAUUUCCACGUUUAAUGCAAAAUGUGCUUGGAUUUUAUCGAAAAAAUGUUGAUCAUUUAUACGUCAGUGAAACGCUCAAUUCUGUUGUACUUCUAGCCGACCAGUGGAAUGUCGCACAAUUGAAAGUAUCUAUGGAUGCUGUCCUACGAGAAGUUCUAAAUGAAAUUCAAAACAAUUAUGAAGCCUUUGAAAAUGCAAAUGAACAAGCUGUUAAAAAUCAAAAUGAACUAUUACGUACUUUACAAAUCCUUGGGAAACAUUCGCCGCAGACAAUAUGGCCGUGGUUAUUACAACGCAUGGAACAAGCUGGUUCCAAUGAUAAACUUCGUAUCGUACUUCUUGUUAUUUAUCGUCAUCUUGUCUAUGCCUUUGGAAAUGAUGCGCCAUCAACACCAUUUGAUUAUAAAUCAUUGCUUGUGUCAAGUUUACGGCCAACGUUAAACACAGCAACAUUGAAAAUUACGAAAUAUCUAUCGCAAUUAAUUGUGGCUAUGGCUUGUCAUGGCUAUUUGCAACUGGAAGGACGACGAUUUUUGAUUGAAUAUAUCGUGCGAAAUUGUACGUAUCCCAUAAGUGGAACCGACGAUAAUCCUAAACCAGAUGCCACUGUACCCACUGCUGAUGUGAGAAUGAUGUGUCGCAACAUUCUGAAUGCGUUCAGUUCGACUAUCGAAGGCAUGGAUGAAGUUUUAUGGCCGUUACUGAUGGAAUUUCUCAUUCCUGAAGUGUACACAGGUGCAUUUGGAAUAAUCUGUAAAGCACUAUCACAAGCUGGUCAACAGCAAAUCGCAGCGAAGAAAGAUACCUUUUGGAUUGACUUUGAUGUUCUUGUGAAUAUACCAAAACCAAACGAAAUUAUUACACGAUGCUUCGUCCUACUCGGCGAACCGUUAGUUGAAGAAACACGGGGUAUAUCAAUUCUGAAUUUUCUUCGUACUGCUGUGACAGAGUUGAAAGCUGAUCUACGAGAAUUAUGGGACAAAGUCAUUCCACGUUUACUACAAAACUUAACUGGCAAUGAAGACGACGAAAACAAGAAGUUCGAUUCUUCAAAUUGGCAAGAUCUUAUUCUUAAAUUCCUUUCGAAAACGCUCGAUGUCGUUGAGCGUGAAGACUGGAUCAGUGAUGUAGGUGCCUGCUUUGUGAAACAAUUACCAUUGUAUGCAAAAUUAGAACGUGAGCGUGGCUUUGCUUAUAAAUGUAUUGGUAUCGUUCUACGCAAGUCGAAAAUUAACGAAUUCGUCAGUCGGACAUUAGAAUCAAUGACAACGGUGAUUAAUUUUCAACAUGAACAUGAACGAAAUGGCUGGGCAACAAUGUUUGGCCUAUGUUCAGCAACGCAUCUUGAUAUAGUCUUACAACGACUCGAUCUAUAUUUAAAAAUCGCCGAUUCGAAAGGCUCAGGUUCAUCAUCAGGUGGUGGUGGCGGUCUGUUCGGGUUUCUUGGUUCGAAAACAGAAACACAUUCCGAUUUGGCACGUGCGACAACUCUUCUCGCAUACGCUUACGUUUCAAUCUAUGCAUCGCUAGAAUUAAUUGUCUCUCGUAUGGAAACUAGCAUCCUUAUUAGCGCCGUAAAAAUUGCUCGAACGAUCAAGGAAGAAACGGGCAAACUCAUUGUAGCGAAGUCCUUUAUUAUUCUCGCACAAUCAAUGAAUAGAGAACAUUUGAAGACGGACUUUUCUUUUGCAUCAAGAAAUGAUCUUAUACAAGAAAUGGUCAGUUAUAUCACACAGGAUGCAGCUAUCAAAUUGCAACCAACAACAUUCAAUCAGUGUGUGAAAGCAUGCCAUGCAUUGAUCGUUCUUCAACCUGAACAAACAUUGGCCGAAAAGUAUCAAUUGGCUCGAGCUGCUAUACAUUGGUAUUGUUCAACAAAAUUAGAUAUAACACCGAAUCAAAAAGAAGAAAUCUCCGCAUCACUCGGUGCAUUGAUCAUCGAAAUACUUAGUUUAGGAGAGUCACGCGAAACUUUCCCUAGUCUUAUAAAUUUACUCGAGCCUUUCUGUUUGUCGCUGCAAGGAAGUGAACGAGCACGUGCUUUUGAUAUUCUUAGUCAACUUAUUCAAUCCGACGCGAUGAACAGAUUAAAAGAACAAAACUUAAUCGAUAUUGGUGGUUUAAUGGCUAUUUGUCUUAUGUACCUAACUGAUACAGAGUCGACGGUUGAACUCGCAACAACUGCAAGCCUUACCAGAUUAUUACGACUUCAGUCACAGCUAGCGACAGGUAUCGUCGAAAAUUCCGGUAAUGAAGAGAAUAUUGUUGACCAAGAGAAGGUAGCAAAUGAUGAAACCAUACAACUUUCUAAAAACAGGAAAUGUAUCGAUAAUGAUGGUCAGAGCUUAUCGGGCAAUCUUGAACCGCGUUGUCUCUUACCUUUUAUUGAAAAAGCAACUGAAAUCAUUGCCGAUACACGUGCUAUUGGAUCAGUGGUGGUAUGCAAUGUUCUAUGUAAAAUAUUCGACUCACGACAUGGUGAAUUGGCCGAGCAAAUCGAUUACAUCUUUAGUAUUAUGCUCAACAAAUAUAAUCAGAUAAGCAACGAAGAUGUCCUACGAGCAUUGCGAGCUGCUUUUAAACAACUGAGUUUAUCUUGUUCAAGUCGUGUAUUCAGUACAUUGAUGAAUUUUGGUGUACCAUUUACCAAAAAUCUAGUAACUAUUAUUCAUGAUCUUGCUGACAAUCGACCAUUAACCGAAGCUGUUCUCGCACAAAUUAUGGAAUGUUGGUCCCGUUCAUUGCCCUUUGAUGAAAAAGAUUCACAACGAUAUGCAACUGCUCAGCCAUUGAUGGCGUUAUAUCUGCUAAACGAAUGGCUGCAAUCGGACCGUAUAUGUGAUCUGGGUGAAUAUGCUUUCCCACGUUUGUUUGUGGCACUUUUUAUUCGCAUGGCGUCACAUGUUGAUACGCAUCCACCACAAAAUGUACCAACGUUGCGUCGUGUUACACCACCAAAUGGUAGUUCUCGGCGUGAUUCGGGAGCAAGCAGUGCGAACAAUGCACCUUUAGUUAACACAGCAGGAGCGAAUGCCAAUGCAGGAAAGAAAACCUCAUCACGUUUAAGUCUCUUCGAUUCGAAAUCAUCACGUGGUGCUACGAAAGCAGCAACAACUGCUGAGCAACAACAAGCUAAUACUGGACCAUCGAGCAAUGAAUUGAAAAAGAUCGAGCCAUACCGUUUAUCCAACGACUGUAUGAUGCAUUUUCUUAAAGUUUAUAAUUGCCAAACAGAAGUGAAUACCAGUGUACCUUGGGACAAAAUGGCUAAAUUCGAUACAGCCGAUUCGGCACUCGAGGCGCUCGCUCAAGGUUUGUCACGCUGUAAUCAUAUACAUCAGAAACAAUUGAACAUUAUCAUUGAAUUACUGGGACAAGUAUUAGAUGGUCCUUAUGAUAUUCAACGUAUUUGCGUAUCAGCAUUUUUCGCUGAAUUUAUUCGAUGUAAUCCCGACGAUAGCGAUGAUCAACGCUUUGUUCGCGAAUUAAUUCGCUACUUAUUGGGACGUUUAGUUGAUCAUAAUAUAUAUGUCCGAAAAUUUUGUUUACGUGGUCUUGGCUGGUGGCGACCAACCCGCGAUAGUCAGGAAGACAAAGGCUUACCAACCACGAUCCUCGCAUCGUUAAUUUCUGGUCUCGAUGAUCGCGAUGACAAGAACGAUCUCCUCACAUUAGAAGCUAUGUGUUCCUUAUCAAAUGUAAUCGCUGUCAUGAACGAAGAUGAAGUACGACCAAUCCUAAUGAAUGUUCUGUUAAGAAUUCGACCUUGUUUCGAAAAAGAAGAAGCAAAGGUGCGUUCAGCAGCAUUCACGCUAUUCGGUAAAAUGGCAUCUGUAUGUGAAGGAAAUUCACGCGAAGCAUUCGUCGAGCAAAUCUUUUCAUCCUUAGUCACUCUAACAUUGCAUCUGAAUGAUCCUGUUGAAACCGUACGUGAAAGUUGCAAAGUAUGUUUUCAAUCCAUUGCACCAUUACUUGAUCAACCACUACUAGCCGACUUAAUCAAAGAAAAUCUUCAACCAAAGAUGUCUCUUUCCUAUUCGGAAUUCAUUGGUGAUUUCUGCAAAAUCCUAGUUGAGAAAUAUCCAUACAAAAUCAAUUUUUUCAUUAUGAACUGUAUCAUAUUCUUUAAAAAUCCCGUACCAGAGUUGCGAGCCAACGCCGCAGUAGUCGCAGGUUAUUUGAUAGUUAAUUUAACUGAAGAACAAAUCAAUAAUCUAUCGAAAGAACAUAUUCUAAAUGCAUUUAUCGUUCUAUUGAAAGAUUCUAAUCCAGAUGUACGUUGUCGCGUAGCUGAAUCCAUGCAUUUCAUGUAUAAAUUUUAA